AUGGAGAUAGAGAAGGAGAUAAGAUGUUAUGAGGUUGUAGAUGGGUUGGGGAUGAGCAUGGGGUCAAAAAUGAGGUACAGUCCCCCUCUUUCUCGCUGGUUCUGCCUCUGGCGAGGCAGCUGCCAGGAUGCAACUUCAAAUGAGGAAGAUGUGACGCAAAAACCACAGAGGGAAGAAAAACAGCCUGCUGCUGCCUGCCUGCCCCCUCCCCCCCCACUCUCCCCCCCGCCUCCCUUCCCCAGGCUGGGUACAGAGGCGUUGCUGCUCCACACACCUCCCGCUCAGCCACCAGCACCAGGGCGGAGGAGGCAGCACGGCUCCAUGGCAGCCCAGGCACCCGUCCUGUGCCUUCUGCUCAUGGUGGGGAUGUGGGCUGGCUGCAGGCACAGAGGAGCAGCCCUGGGCCCUGGAGAAAAGCCCACCUUGCGGCUCUCUGGUGGUGGCUGCCGCUGUACUGGGCUGCUGGAGGUGCAAAUGUGGAGUGGAUGGAGCCCUGUGUGUUGGGAUGGUGUGAGCCAGGACAGUGUGUGCCAGCAGCUGGACUGUGGCCCUCCUACCAAGCUGAACUUCAUGCCUCCCAACCUUGAGGAGCAGCAGGCAUGGGCUAUGCGGUGCGAGGGGAUGGAGAGGUGCCAUUGGGUGGCCGCCAACUGCAGCCAGCAAGCUAUCAUCGCCUGCAGUGAGCCAGAGCCCACCAGAACCGAGCCCCCACCUGUGCCUCCCACCACCAGCCCUGAGCCCACCGGCGCCCCAUGGCUGCGGUUGGUGGAUGGCAACUUCAGCUGCUCAGGCUUUGUGGAGCUGCACCUGCGGGGCCGAUGGGGGGCCGUGGCACUCAGCCCAGACGUUUGGCCGGAGCUGCCCACCCGCAUCUGCCGUGCACUUGGCUGCAACAACCCCAGUGGUAUCCCCAUUGGUGUCGCUGUGGGUGACACCGUUGACAUCCCCAUUGGUGGCCCAGUGGGUGGCCCCAUGUCUCUGCCAUCAGAGAGCCGCCUGCCUGUGAGGUGGGAGGCAGUGGUGCCGUGCACCAGCCCUGAAUUACUCGACUGCUUCAGCUGGACCAGCUCUGGGCACAGGAAAGCGUCCACCUUCCUCAUCUGUCCAGGUUCCCAGCCACAUGCCGGGCGCAGGCUGGCAGGCGGCCCCACGCCAUGCGAGGGGCACAUCGAGGUGUUCCAGAGGGGCCACUGGCACAUGCUAUGUGACGAGCAGGUACACCGUGUCGAGCGAGGCCGCCAGCUCUGCAGGGAGCUGCGCUGUGGGGACCUCUCCUUCAGCGUCGAGCUGCGGGACUCCCAUGCCACUGGGAUCAUCUGCAAGGAGCGUUACCUCCACCUCUGUCCCGAGAGCCCCAAGGAAGUCUAUGGCUGCUCUCGCACCCAUGUGGUCUGCCAGAUGUCGAAGCCGCCUCCUGCUGGCACCGCACCUGGCACAGUGGCCAGCAUCUGCCUGGCCCUGCUCCUGCUGGGAGUCCUGCUGCUCAUCUGUGGUCCCCCUGCCUAUAGGAGGCUGAUGAAGAGGAUCUCCAAGAAGAAGCAGCGGCAGUGGAUCGGCCCCACGGGACUGCACCAGAGCGUCUCCUUCCACCGCAACAGCACUGUCACCCCGAGGGCAAGAGUGGAGGAGCAGAGGGCGCAGGGGAGGGACAAUGAUUAUGCUCAGCCCCCCCAGAAGAGCCUGUCGGCGUACCCAGCCCUGGAAGGCACAGCACGAGCUGCCAGCGCCCUGGACAACUCCUCUGACAGUGACUACGACCUGCACUCUGCCCGCAGGCUGUGAGAUGCAGAGGUAGGGCCGCCCCAUUGAUGGGAUCGGUUAAUUCAGCUGCACAGAGCCGGAGGAACAGAUGGGUGGAUGCCCACACAUCCCCAUCCCCGCGGUGCUGGAGCCCACCCUGCUCACUUGAGGAUCUCUCUGCUGGAGCUGAGCCCACUCACAUCCUUUGCUGUGCUCAUCUCUGACCCCACGAUGGCCUCAGGGUGCUGAUGCAUCUCAGCCUCUGAGCAACCUUUUGCUUUUUCCUGCUCAUUCUCUCACUUCUGGGCCUCCUUCCUGCCUUGGAAAGCGCAAGGUGGGGGCUUUCUGAGCUCUGCAUGCAUCUGAAAGUUUGCACCAUGGGGCCAAGGGCUGCCGUGAUGCAACCGCGCGCCUUGGGGCUGUAAGCAGAGAAAUGAAGUUGGCUGCGCGUGCGCAGGGCAGCACAAGGGCUGUGCAAAAAGCAAAGCGUGGAUGGGCAGCGCAGGAAGAACAGAAACAUCGAGAAGCAAUCCAUUGAAUUGGUAAUAAAAUGGUUAUUUCUGGUAA